CAGUGAAGCUUCGGGAUCGGCGCUUGGAGCGUCAGCGUGAUCGCAGGACGGGAUUGACAGGCAUUCGCCCAUGUGACGGAUCGCGGAAAUGUGAACCAGCCCGAUUGAAUUGUCUAUAACAGACAAGACGCACAACUAAAUGCACAUCAAACAACGAUCGGCGUCACGCUUCCUCACGUCAAUUAUUUUCCCGUAGCUACAAUGGUUGUUCAAAUACGAGGUGCCUGCAAAACUAGAUCGAAUUAUGGAUUUUGAAGCAGUCAUUUAGCUGCCAUAUAGUUUUUUUUCUGAGAUCUUGUAAAAUCCGGCCCACCCUGCAGGUUCGCAUUGUCCAAGCGCGGCACCUUUUUCUUCGCAGUUCACCAUUAAAGUUCGAAAAGGGGCCAAGCGUCCCGUAGACGGUUGACAAGACGAGCGUCGUCGGGUGGUCCGCGUUGGCCUAUUUGGGCCGAUUCGCGUGGCAAGCCGUCAAACUGAAGCAAGUACGCACCACCGAGUACGACCUGUUGAUCGUAGAUUACGACCCUCUCCUGAUGGAGAACACAGAAACGGAAGACGACGCCGAAUGGAACUGCUCAGUACAUCCCAGCGUAUUCUUUCUGUUAGGGACGCUAGUGCUAACGACGUGCGCAACGGGCAUGCUGUGCGCUGCAAUAAUGACAGAUCAUUGGGAGGAGGUCACGUGGGACAAGCAAAAACUGGAAGUGUUGGCCAAUAACACCGUCCGAUUGCAGUGGCUGUUGGACAAGGCCGUAGCCAGGAUAUCAACGAAUGACAUCAGGGAUAAGACGAUCGCGUUUCUGGUACCGAUGCACGGAGGCAUAUGGACGUUAUGCGUCAGUUUGACAGACGAAGAGCUGUCGUUGCUGAGCAGAGUAGGAUUUCCGUCUGUCCAACCAUGUGUCAAUUAUCUAUCAGGUGGCAUCGACGGGAUUCGAGGUUAUGAGCCCAGGGCAGACUGGCAACAUCGGAUGCAGAACUUGUCUAUCUCGUGCGCUCUGGUGUGCCUGAUUAUACUCGGUAGCGCAGCGCUGGUGGGAGCCUUCGGGGUUUUCCAACAUCAAAUCAGCGCCGUACUGGUCACUGGGGUCAUGUAUCUUUUGGCCGCAUCAUUCGCACUGUUCACGCUGACGAUAAUCCAUUUCAAACGGCUGCACAGCAAACCGACCAGAGGAGGUGCUGACGACGCGGUCGAGCAUUCAUCUUCCGCUGUGGACGGAGUGGUCGGACCAGCCGGUCUCGCGAGAGGUAUCAGGGACCUACUCCCAGCCAGACAGUUCAGCACCUCCUGGUCUCUGGAUCUCGGCUGGGGAGGAGUUAUGCUGUGCGUCAUGACCAGCGUACUAUGGAUACUGCUCAGCAAAAUUAUGCGAUUCAAUCCGAUUUCCAGCAUGAUACAUUAUUAG